AUGCCGCCGAUUUUGCUAAUGUUGCACAGAAUUCGCCUCCGCACGUCCUCACACGUACUCCAGUUGGGAUCCUCCGUCUUCAGAGCGAUGUUCGGGCCUCACUUCAAAGAGGGCAAAGCACUUGCCGAGAACGGUACUGUCGAGAUUUCACUGCCGGAAGAUGACCCGCAGGCCAUGAUCACCAUGUGUAAGGUCAUGCACAUCAGCCCAGAUAUCAUGGCCAAAGUCCCGAACUACAAGGAGCUUGAGCAUCUGGCAGAACUUGCGGACAAGUACGAUACAGUGUCUGCUCUUGGACCAGCAACAUAUCUGUGGAUCAGCAAGGCACUCCCCCAGAGCAGAAUGCAGGGCAGGAUAGGACUCAUGGCAGUGGCGUACGCGUUCGAUCAUGCUGAACUGUUCGAUCGCGUCGGUCAUGCCAUCGUUAUGGAUGCUGCGGCCCCAGCAGCUUGGGGGGUCGGAGGUCCAGAGCACAUGGUUCCGGUCUUUCUCAAACUUGAGGUUCUGCGCAGUCGAUUAAUCCAGAAGAUCGGAAAGGCCAUCGACGACGUCAUCUCACCCGAAGUUAGCAAUGGUGACGGGGUAGAUAGUAGCUUCAAAGGUCGGUGUGGCUGCGAUGCUCAGACCAAGCGAGUCCUCGCAUUGGUGCGUCAACUCAGACGCUCGCGUCUGUGGCCACUGUCGGAGGUAUACAAUAGACCUCUCUUCGUAUCCAUCAAAGCGGCCAAGCACUUACAGCUACAGCUCCCGAAGGACAUACCGCUGUGCGAAGGCAGCAAGACCGGGACCCGUGGAUGUGUCAUUAAUCAGUUGGAGACUGAGGGUACCAUCGCCAAGAGAUUCCAGGCGGAAGCCGACACCUGGGGGACCGACGUCAAGAUCUGUCUCAUGUGCGCCAAAAGCGGUAGCCUGGGUUCCGUUGGACCUUGCAGACACCGCUGA